CUCUCCAUACCUGUUCUGGCCAGGUAGAUCGAAGACGGUUCUGCUAAAUUAUUCAAGUGAUGUAGGUAGAAUUCACGAAUGCUAAGUGCAGUUAAGGUGGUAUCGUCCACUGAGUAAAUCUGAGUAUUUCAUCCAGGUUUUACUCGCCAGUUUGUCCAGAUAACCCGAAAUGAAGGUGUCGUGAGUUAAUAUCCUACACCAUGUGACAGGCGGAAACGAAGCGCCUCCCUUAUCAUAUCUACCCGUCCAAGAUAAUGCCCAGUCAGGAACGACGCAAGUCGCCGGAUGCUGAAGAGAGUAAGAACUUGAGUCAACUGCUACAGCUGAUUAACACACCUGCCAGUAAACAACAGUUGCCGUCUUUGGAGUUGAAGCCAUGUCAAUCAGAGAAGUACCUGCCCUGGCCCCUCCCACACCCAAAGUCAGGGGCCCAUCAGGGGAAAUCCUCCGAGGCUGUAGCACUGGAAAAAUUCAGUCAAAAGUAUCAGUCAGAGAGAAAUUUUUGCAAACACACACACCAUAAAUGGUUUGCCUCCUUGUUUUCGGCGCUAGUGAAGCAGAGGCUAUGUUGUCCAGCAUGGAUAGGGCGUGCUCCCCCAGAAAACAUACUGUUACUUGUUACAUGUUUGAGAAUACUGAUGCGGGAUCAUGCCUUCCAUCGACAAUUUUUCGAUCUGGGAGGUCUCAAAGUGCUUGCAGAACAUUUCCGAAAGGCUGCAGACAGCUACCUGAUGGAUGACCGCAGUCCAUACGUAGUGGACAUCCUCAAAGAAAUGACCAAUAUCUUCCAGAAGUUAUCAGCCGUAGUGUCACAAAGGGCAUGGCUUAUAGAGUAUGACACACAUGCUGCGUUGGUGAUGCUGUUACAUGCUACUGAUGUGGUUGUGUUACACUGUUCCCUACAUGCCCUGUAUGGCCUAGCUCAAAGUGAAGGGCCACGGAAAGUGAUAGGCGAGUCCAACUCAAUAGAGCAGUUGUUAUUGAUCGUCCAGGAGUACGAUAAUCUAGCAAAGAGGUUAGCGGCCCAGCUGCUGAAGUCGCUGUGCCAUGAUUGUCAGAGUCGAGAGAUGGUAAAAAUGUAUGAUGGAAUCCCCAUUCUACUGAGUCAGCUCCACUUUGAUAAUGUACAUCUUCUCCUACCUGUUGUCUGGUGUCUUGUCCAGCUUUGUGAGGACCCCAACGCCAGCAAGGAGAUCAAACAAAUGGGAGGCAUUCCUCUACUUUUGUCUCUUCUACAUGACCGGACGUUUGUGACGGAAAGAGCAGAAACAAGUGAAGGUGCUGCCAGUGCUGGUCCACAUGGCAGAACAGUUGAUGAUGCAAUAUGGGAAGCUAUACUUCCCUCUGAGAUGAAAGAUCCGGUCUCCAAGGCAGAAGAACUUAUGGAACAACAGUAUUCUUUGAAAACAGCCUGCUGUGCGGCGCUGACAGAACUAGUCAUGAAUGAUGCCAAUGCGUAUGAGAUAGCCCAGGCAAAUGGCAUCUACUCCUUGGGGCUGCUCAUCCUACCCCCACCUAAGAACUGUGGGGACAAGGAGCGCAAGGGCAUCGUCAAUCUACAGAGAAGUGCCUUCCGUACACUGAGGUUCUUGUUCAGUAUGGAAAGAAAUCGAAAGUUAUUCAAAUUGCUGUUCCCACCCCACCUGUUUGAGAAGUUUAUCAGUGUUGGACAUUACAACCGUGACCUGAAGGCAUAUACACCCCUGGUGGAUGCUAUCAACAGUCUCCCUGGUGCUAAAGUUGAUGAGAUAAAGAAUAAUGUUCUGGAGACUAACCACAACAAGACUCCUAGUCGCCAUAUCGGAGAAUAUGAUGUGUUUGAUCUGCUGGGCAAGGGUGCGUUUGGCUCUGUGUACAAGGUCAAGAAGCAGACUGCUGGCCAGUCCUUCCUGGCUCUUAAGGAGGUGAACAUCGACAACCCAGCCUUUGGAAACAACAUCACGGACCAGAAACAGAGCGUCGGUGAACUGAUUAAUGAGAUCUCCAUCAUUAGAGAACAGAUGAAACAUCCCAACAUUGUCAGAUAUCAUAAAACAUUUGUGGAACAUGAAAGGUUAUAUAUUGUUAUGGAGCUGAUAGAGGGAGCCCCGCUAGCCGAACACAUCAACUCACUUAAGGAAAAGCGUGAGAAAUUCCCCGAGGAACGUAUCUGGAACAUAUUCAUGCAGAUGGUGCUAGCUCUGCGAUACCUCCACAAGGAGAAAGGCAUUCUACAUCGUGAUCUUACACCUAACAACAUCAUGCUGGGGGACCAUGAUGACAAAGUCACCAUAACGGAUUUUGGGCUCGCCAAGCAGAAAAGGACAGACUGUAGUAGAAUGACGUCUGUCGUCGGUACCAUUCUGUACUGGUGCCCAGAGAUUGUCCAGAACGAGCCUUACGGGGAGAAGGCAGAUGUGUGGGCCCUCGGCUGUAUCCUCUACCAGAUGUGCACACUCAAACCUCCCUUCUUCUGUGACAAUAUGCUCUCACUUGUCACCAAGAUUGUGGGUGCCAGUUACGACCCGAUGCCAGAGGGGCAGUACUCCGACAGACUCAUUAAAAUGAUCAGCAGUUGUAUCUGCCAGUCUUCGGAGAAGCGGCCAGAUAUCGUAGAGCUGGCAGGAAUGAUGGCUGACAAACUUCUAGUCCACAUGGACAGUCUGCGUACAAAUCAAAUCUCCAUGGAGAAAAAGCUUGAGAAGGAGCGGACAAAGGCUCAGAGACACUAUUUUGAGGCCAACCAGAACAUGCAGAACUACCAUCGGCUGUUCCUUGUGUCUAAAGAGAGGUAUGACCGUCUUGCCAACCUGGCGGGGAGUGGAGGUGCAGCUGGACUGAAGAACGGGGACGUGAUAGAUCCGUCCCUGGUAGACAUUGAUUUUAACUCCCUGGCUGGUUCUCUGUGUAUGCCAUCAAUAGAUGUGGAUAUUGACCGGGGCACAGGCUGGACAAGUGAUGAUGAGAGCUACCCAAGCAGUGGUAGUGAGAGUCGAGAGAGUAGUGCGGGUAGUACUCGCUCUCAAAGCCGUGCUAACCUCCGUAAGGCACUACCCAAACCUCCGACUACACCCAAACAGUCGCGGAAAGACCGACCUUCUCGUAGUUCCACCUCCACCUACAGUCCGCUGGUCCUGGACAUCCCAAACACACCGAAGACAAGUCGUGAUUCGGGGUUCAGUUCUGGUGACCCCUCCCCCAACAACAGUAAUGCCAGCAGUAGUACAGGCCCUCUGGACCCUAUCACCAAUGGCCCCUUACAGGCCCUCAGCUGUCGAAAGUUCUCGCGAUCCAACAGCACCCCAUCCUCAAGCUCACCAGCACGAAAGAAGAAACACAGUAAGCGACCGAAUAGUGCUAACACACCAACACUGACUAUUUCCCAGCGACGGGUACGGCAAAUCAGCGACCCAAUUCUACAGAUGUUGCAUCAACUCCACAAAAUCAUCUAUAUAUCUCAGCUACCUCCGACAUUGUGUCCAGACUCCAAGAGACGGAGGAUAGAAAGAUAUAAAAGAGCCUUGUUUGCUUCUCAGAGCACAACAUUUAACCUGAAAAGUGAACUUAAAAAGCUGAUGUCUGGGUCAAGGGAGAUAAUCGACUUUAAUCUCGGGCCGUCAGAUGCCAAACGUACUGGUUCUGCAGGUUCCACCAAGUCUUUGGAAAAUGAGUCAGGAAAUGGGAUGGAAACAGACAGAUUAAAAAGCAGCCGGUGGGAAGCUGAUCCUAAAGAUGGUGGAAUCACAUAUGAGCAGCUGCAGAACAUGAUAGAAAGUACACUUCUGUCCUGCGGGUAUUAUAACAUGUCGCCAAACGCACAUGAAAAACAGCCACCCCUCGGACCAAUCAGUGUUGACCUUACAAACAGUCGAAAAUAUGAAACACCAAGGUAGCGAUAGCUCUCAGCCAAUCAGUGCUACUCUUACAAAAUAUACCAAACAAGCUGCACCUCAGUCUAGACAUCGGUGAUGUAAACCAUAAAAUCACUGUCCAUGUAUCCGAUACAGUUUAGGAAAAGUUCACAGUGAAAUCAUCUGCCUGCAGGUCAGUGUUUUCUUCACUGAGAAAUAUGCAGCCAUCGUUCUGAGCUAAGAUUUGUUCGGCAGUUCUGAGGCUACCUCUAAACAAAGCAAUGGGAUGUUUGAACCAUAGCAUGAUGAAAAAUCAGGUUGGAAACCUGUAAGAACUCCAGUGUACUGACUGGACUGUAAGAAUCACCCAUGGAGUGUGAGGAAGUUUUAUCUUCCUGGAAAGGAUACUGUAGCUGUAGCUCCUGUGUGGAUUAGUAAUGACAGUAUGAUGGAGGUCUGUGGAAGGAUAAUAUACUUCUGUGUUUGUCACAACCAGGUUGUGGACGCUACUACAGACAGUCUCCUUCAAGUGUCACAACCAGGAUGUGGACACUAGUAUAAAACUGUGUCCUUUAAGUUUCAUGACCAGGAUAUGGAUUUUACCACAAAGAGAGUGUCCUUGAAGUGUCACAACCAGGAUGUGGACGUGACAACAAAGACAGUGUUCUUCAAGUGUCUCAACAAGGAUUUAGAGACAAUAUAAAGACGGUGUCCUUUAGGACAUCGUGUCACAUCCAUAAUUUUUAUGUUAAUUUAAAAAGAAAAACAAUUGUGUUUACCAAGUCUUUCUGUUCUCACAUCACAUUCCAGUCCCAUGUCUAUCAGUAACCUGGGUAACCCCAUUCUCACAUCAUUUCUCAUUUAAUGUUUAACAAAUGCAAUACACAUUUUAGUUUUUGUUCUUUUUUUAAUGUAUUAGAAACACAAUCAGGCCCCAGUUUUAUCAAAAUUUCUUAAUUUAAGAAAAUUUCUUAACUUAUUCAAACUUUCAUAAGAACACAUUAAAGUAUUUAAGGAAAUUUCUUAAACUAGAAUAGAAUAUCCCUUAAAUCCAAGAAAUUACAGAAAUGUUAAGUUAAAGAAAUUUCCUUAAAUUAAGGAACCUUGAAAAAAGUGGACCAGAAACCUAUAAAUUGCAUUUUGUGGUUUUAGAACUUGUUCAUUUCCAAAUUUGAGAUAUUUAUAAAUAUUGCUUUCAUUUGAGACUUGUUAUAGAACAGUCCAUUUUUUCUAUGGUUAUUUUGAAUGUCUCCAGUUUUUUCAGAAAAUGAGAUUUCAAAAAAAAUAUUUUCCUCGAAUUCCAGGUUGUACUGUUUGUGGUGUAUUAUAUUAACUUAAUAGGAAGUAUUCCAGUUUGUUGUUGCCAGUAUGUUGUUGUUGUUUUUGUUGAUUCCUGCCAUUUCCACUGUGGUACAUGUACAUCCCCAAUGUAAUAUUGUAAUAUUUAAAUGGUGAUGCACUGAAAAAAUCAUUCCGUCUCAAAUAUUAUUGUUAUUAAAAUCUGAAAAUGAUUUUAAUAUAUAUAUCAUAACUUAUGAUUCCAUUUUUGAAGUGCUGUUUUGUACAUAUAGAAUUUUAUGUUGAGCUGAUCUUCAGGUAAGCUGACACAUUGUUGGUGCCGUCCAUAUUUAUAUAAAUAUACAUUAUUGUCUCUUGUUGUAUAUACGCUGUGAUUUGUUUAGUCAGGUAAAUUAUUAUUGUUUAUAAAAUAAUGUAAAUAUCGUCCUGAUUAUUGUGUAUAUAAAAAUAUUUAUUUCAAAGAAAUCUAAUAUAUUUAAUUGUUAAUUGAUUAAGAUCAAUAUUAAUUAUUUAUUGAUUAAAUUAUAAUUCUAGAUCUUGUACCAUCCAAUGGGAUAAUAAUGGGAUGUUUAUUUAUUAUUAAUCUAUACUAAUUCAAAAUAUGGGAUUAGCUACUGUUCAUCAGUAUUUUAUGAAACACAUGUAUGAAACCCAAUGUAUACAACAAAAGAAUUAAAAUUAAAUGUUACCAAAUAAAAAAAAAACUUUUUUUAAGAAAGCACUAAUUAAGAAGUCAGAUCUAUCUCUCUGUGGUAAAGAUGAGGGGAGAUAAUUUCAGAAGAAUUUUUCAUUAAUUAGAAUAUUGUCAAAUUGGUAACAAAAAUCAUAAUGCUAUCAAGCUGGGAAAGAUGGUAGUUUAAUAUAUGGUUUCAAGUGUGUGUAGAGUGAUUGUAUUAUUUAAAAUAUUAGCCAAAAUGGAAACUGGAUUUAAAGGGACAUAACUGCUGAAGAGUUAUAGUGAUAUUGCAAAUCCGUUUUAAAAUAUCAGAAAUAUUCAAACUCAUGAUAUUCCCUUUUUUAUAUAUUUAUGAUCAAAGAAUAUUUUAAUUAUUUGUUUUGAUAAUCUCUAAAAUGUUUAAAUAAUCUCAAGAAAGUUGUUACAGAAAUGAUUACAGAUUUAUUUCACAUGAUAUACAGUAAACACAGAACAAAGACAUUUUGUGACUCAAAACUUUUAUAAUGUUGAAUAAAUACGAAGUUUAUAUUAAGCCACACAGGAUCAAGGAACUUGAAAUAUUGCUAUCUGAUAUAAACAGGUUUUCAGAUCACUUUGGAUUCUCUUUAGACAGAUUAUAUUACUGUGUUUAUUGUUGAUAUAUAGGCGUUAAAUUAUAAGCCUGACCAGUAUUAUUGCCAAAAUAUAGUUAUGUUAGAUGUUGAUACCCAGGUAUGCUCUGUUUUCCUGAGUUUUUGUGGAACUGAAAUUUGCUAAUUACUCUUUGAACAUUCAACAUAAUUCUAUAUGAAUUGAAAAUAAUUCUAAGAAAAUUAGAUUUAGAUUAUAUUAAGAAAUAUUUCCAUAUUGUAGACCAUUAAAAAGAAAUUAUUUCAGCAUUCAUUUCUUAAUUAUGACAUCAAAGUUUUACUGGUCCGAGAUUUUUAUCAUUUUCUCCUAUUGGAUUGGAUUUCUUGUGAUAUCCGUUUUGUUUUUAAAUUGUGUUGAAAGUUCAUAAAGUGAAAUCAACAAAAUUUGAGGCCAUGAGAUCGAUGGAAUAUACAGAUUGGUUUGGUAUGUAUACAGUGGUGUAUUAGUAAGGUCACAUGCAGAAUUUUGUGUCUGAAUUAUUUCAAAUUCUUUUUUAUUUUAUCUUUAGGUGUAUGAAUCAUAUUUGUUUGUAUUUAUUUUUACACUUUGUUUAAUUUUGCUUAGUUAAAAGUAGGGAAAAUAUGUUUGGAACAAUUCAGAUUUGACAAAAUUAUACUUUUAGAAAUAUGAACAACUUUGUUUUUAUUACAAAUGCAAAAAAACUACAUUGAUGUAAAAGGUAAAAUGAAUUUAGAAAAUAAAAGUACAUGCAUAACUAAAUAUAUAUUUUAUAUAUAAUUAACAUUUAACAACUAUUUAUUUACAACAAUCUUGAUAAACGUUACAUUCCAUUAUCGUCCCAGUUUCACAAAAUUCUUAACCAACAUAGUUCAUUUUCCUUUUUGAAAAAAAUUUUAAGAAAAAAAUCGGGUAUAUUUCUCCUGAACUCCAAUAGCACUUUCCUAUUGAAAUAUUAUGGUUAAAAAAUACUAAAAAGACAACAAUAUAUAUACAUGUACAAGUAUCUACAAAAUAAUUACCGGAGUUUUAAUCCUAAUUAGGGUUUAAUCAAUUUUUUGAAAUAUUAGAAAUUUUUCAUUAAUUUCAGUCAUCUGACAUGAUUGGAAGAAUUUUUUUUUUCCAUUCAGGCCUAAAAAAACUAAAAAAGUACCUGUGUGUUCCUUUUUUUUUUUUUUUUUGCUAUUUUCAAGAAAGGACUAUUAAAGUCAAGAUUGCUUUCUAUAAUACAACAUUUAGAAAAUAAACAGAUUUUCCCACCAGUUUUAUAUAUGGACCCUAUUUUUUGGGUCGUAUAUAUGUUAGCAAAAACAAACAUGUAUUAUUUUUGCCAGCCUCAUGUAUAUGUAGUUUGUUCUUAAAAUUGACCAAUAACAAUAACAUAUGUGUGCCUGUAGUUUUACGAUAGUAUAAAACUGUAUAUACUUACACAUUCAUGCACAAUAAUAUCUUAAUAUUUUUUAACAUACUAUUAACAUCAAAUUAUUUUUAAUGAAGAAUAUUUAUCAAUUAUUUAUUUAAAUGAAAUAGUCAUCAAUUUCAUAUAUAAAAGUUUUUACCUGAUUUUACAUUGUGUUUUAACUCUGGCUUUCGAAGUCAUACAAAUUCUCCCCCUGUUUAUUUAUUGAAAUCCUUGCAAGAAUUUUACCAUAGCAUUGGAGUUUGCUGUGUAACUCCAUAUAUAUAUUAUGGUAUCUGUUACCGUCCACAUUUCAUACCUUCUGUUGUUAUAUACUAUUAUUUUACUGAAAUCAUUCAUUUUUUACUAUUUUUCCAAGAAAUCAAAUGUAUUGACUUCAGUUUACCGUCCAUAUUUAUGCAGCCCACCGAAUCAUCAAGUUUUACUUUACAUCUGUCAGUUUUGCUAAAGACAUAAAUGAUACAUAUAUGUCUUUGAUUUCGUUUUUAUCAUAUGAACUGUCUCAAAUACACUUCAUCCUUUGUUCAUUGCAUGCUUAUGACACAGGGGCUUGGCACGAUUUUCCAAAUGAUGGUCCAUAUAUGUAUGUAUUAUAGUGUUAAGACACUACAAUACAUAUAUAUGUGGACCAUCGUUUGGAAAAUCGUGCCAAGCCCCUGUGGCUUAUGAUAAUAGAAUAAUGCUGUUGCUCUGGUAUAUUGAAAUAUAAUGUAAUUAAUGAAAUAAUUCUGACAAUGGAAUACCAGUAAUGUAUUUAUAGUGAAGGUUAUGUUAUGAUUAACAUACCUGAAUUUAAGUUAAUUAACAUAUAUUCUCAUUACCAUGGCGACCCCUCCGUUGUAAUAAUUACAGGAGAAUUAUUUCCAAAAAAUGUAUAAAUUGACGAUAGCUUGUUUAUGGCUAUGAACUUAGAGUUUUUCAACAUUUAAGAGAUAAUUCUUUGUACAUGUAUAAGAAUCUACUGAAAUAAUGCAUCUCUGUAUUAAUCAUAUACAGUUUUGAAAUCAAACUAAUUCCAUUUUAAUCAUCACUUAUCAUCCAGUCAUAUUUUGUCCUUCGGUUUGUCUUUUGUGUCACACUUUGUGAUAGCCAUAAACAUCAGGUUUGCCGUCCAGUCAUUUGACUAUAUUUGUUUUAUUUAUUAUGUACACGGACUGAGCACAUUAUUAUGUGUAACUGUAUGAUGACCUCAUGCAACCAGUUAUUAUGACGUAUGAAUAAAUUUCAUAUAUGAACUUUUAA